AUGCUUGCACACGUGUUUGUCUGAAACAUGACUGCGCGCGAGCUCUAAACAAACUCAAAUACAGGAAUUUAAAUUCAGGUGAAUUCAAACACAGACGGUUAUAAACGGUGAUCCGUUGCUUAAAAAAACAGCAAGCGCUGUUCUGUUCCCGCCCAGACUGUGAGGAGGAGAGAUGAGGGCACGCGCGUUUAGAGUUAGCAUUAGACAGACGACAAACAGGUGAAUUGUUUUUUUAUAAAUACACUGACAGCACUUUAAGUUGAAACUAUACGUUGAAAUAUUAAAAAGGCAAGAUUUCAAGGUUCGUGGGAAAGGCAAAAUUAAGGAUAUUCAUCAUAUAUCAGCAUGCUGGCAGUUUUAUCAACUUUUCCCUGAGCGAAAACCAGUGACCAACGAUGUAACGUUAGCUGCAUCUCUCUGGAGAAAUAAUCGGUCUUCAAAGAAAACCAUAAUGCGUGAAGCAACGGAUCCUCUUUGCCACUCUCUCAUCAGAAAACGCUCAUAGGCCCCACCUGCUGUUGGAAAGGUGAAGUGCACACGGGAAAAAAAUGGAUAGCGACUUUGAGGCAGGAAUGAAUGAGAUUAUAGUUAACUACUACAACCACUCUGGUAAGUGGGGCAGACCAAGAGGCACGGGCAUAUGCAAAAAAGCCUUGCUAAUUUUCGUCUGUGUGCUGAUAGUGCUGGAGAAUGUAACCGUGUUACUGGCACUGUGGCGCAACAAGCGUUUCCACAGCCGCAUGUACUUUCUCAUUGGCAACCUGGCGUUGUCGGACUUGUUGGCUGGAGUGCUGUACGUGAUCAACAUGUUCACCUCUGGCCGCAACACUUUUUUCCUGACUGAGUAUCAGUGGCUGCUGAGAGAGGGAAGCAUGUUUGUGGCACUCAGUGCUUCGACGUUCAGCUUGCUCGCCAUAGGGAUCGAGCGUCAUAUGACGAUGGUUCGCUUAAGGCCGUGCGAGGCCGCAGGAAGGGGAAGGUUACUAGCUUUGUUGGUUGCCUGUUGGGUCGUUUCGAUAUUGCUGAGCGCCCUGCCCAGCCUAGGCUGGAACUGUUUGGGGCGAAUGCACACCUGCUCUACAGUUCUCCCCCUCUACGACAAAAGCUACUUAGCUUUUUGCAUAAGCGUCUUUACGGCCCUGCUGGCAGCCAUUGUGGUCCUGUACGUGCGCAUCUACCUGCUGGUGACGUCUAGCGGGCGGAGGGUGAGUUCCCGGCCUUCAGAUCGCUCGUUCGCCCUACUACGCACGGUGGUGAUUGUACUUGGGGUUUUUGUGCUUUGCUGGGCUCCGCUUUUCCUAUUACUGCUGUUGGAUGUGGGCUGCGGUCCAAAACAGUGCCCAGUGCUGUAUCAGGCGGACUGGUUCAUCGCCCUGGCCGUUCUUAACUCCGCCCUGAACCCCCUCAUAUACACGCUCUCCAGCCGGGAGAUGCGGGCUGCGUUUGUGCGCGUGCUGUGUUGUUGUUGCUAUCCCACGCCUCUUGACUCGAUGCCCACAGCGGGGGCGGCACUCCCAGGAAUAGUCAUCAACACUGCAGAAAACAGCAAAUCUAGUAUGUCCGGGGCACCUAGUGGCGCAGCCAGAUCUACCAUAAUGAGAAGUAAAGUAUCCACUCCGGCAAACUCGAGCCACCAGCAUGGGGACACGGCACCAGGGGCUGUCACACAUUCACCGGGUCCAGGUGACCUCCUGUCUGCUGUGCUGAUUAAAGCAAGCGCACUUCCUACUUUGGGAAAGUUCUGAAACACCUUAAUAUGAGAAGCACACUACAGGAUUUUGUAUUAUUUUCCAAAAUGAUUUGUGACGGUAUCUACUGGAUUUCAUGUCCGACUCUCUGAGGAUUACAAAACCUGGAAUUGCUUUCAUAAGAAGGCCAUCACUUGAAAUUCGUUUUUCAAGGGACAAAGCUUGACUGAACAAUUGCUGACUGAACUGAAUUUACUUCUACAUUAAUAUUUAUGAAACCGAGCAUGUGCUCCAAGCACAAAAAUAGAGCCACUAAAGAAUAUAAUCACUCGAAAAGCUUAGUUGUGCAAUCUUUUCAGAAUAAUCCAUUGGUAAAAACACUAUAUGAAGGAAGAUGCCUUAACAGUAUUAUAUGUAUUAUUAUCCAUGGACUGACCUUUAACAUAUUUCCUCACUGUUUAUUACUAUAACAGACAAAAACACUGUUUGAAAUUAUUAACCAUUAUAAAAGUUAUAUAUAACAAAUAGUGUGUUUUAAAAAACGACAAACCUUUCAGACUGUGGAUGUUUACGGUUUAUUUCUAUGGAUUCAUACAUAAAGGGAAAUGGAGCAUCUGUACCUGUUAGCAACACAAAGGUUGUGGGUUUGAUCCCCACACAUACUGAUAAAUUAUAUAACAUGAAUGCACUAAGGCGCUUGGAUAUAAGCGUUUGCCAAAUGUGUGAAUGUUGAAGUUCUGCUUGCUUUGAUCAAUAGUAUUUUUAGAAAACUGACAUCUAAAGCAUGUGUUUAUAUGCUAAUUUGUUAAAAUAUAUGGUAGGCAAGGCUGUAACUGUUCAGAUGGCUUUUGACUAUGAUGCUCAUUUGUGUGUAACCACUAGAGGGAACUGUAGCAUCACUUUUUAAUAGACAACACUACAAACCAAAUGUGGGUGCAAUUUUCUGUGCACGAUAUAUCAUCUAUUAAUCUAAUCUGAGCACUUGGUAGUUAAGUAUCCCAUAAUAAACGACUUUGGCUGCAACAAUAUCAUGAUGAAUGGCAAGAAACACUAACCGCAGCUGUGCACAAACAUUUAACUCUAUAUUGCUUUAACUGAUGAAUCUAUAUAAUGCGGCUUGAACAUUAUACUGGCUUGUGUUUGAAAAAGGAAGUUCAUAUUUUUAACACACUGAAUCAAUGUGAAAACAACUGACAUUUUGUUUAAAAUAGUUUUUUAUACAAUUUAAAGGGAUAGUUCACCCAAAAAUGAAAAUUCUGUCAUCAUUUGCUCACUCUCAUGUUGGUACAAACCUAUAUACAUUUCUUUAUUCUAAUGAACAUGAAGGAAG